AUGAAAACUGCUAUAGCUGACAGUACCGGGUUGUCAAUCCUCAGGGACGAUCGCCACUACCUACCUGUAUUUGGAAGAAGCACAAAAUCGUUGUUGGAGAGGGAUUCCAAAGUAUACUGGCCUUCUAUCACAACGCGGCAAGGAGGUCCUAUCAGUACGCUGAUGGCCAUGUUGGCAGCUGUGAUGGGCAUGCAAACCAAAACCAAAAGCGCUGAACCUCGUUAUGCUUCUCCGGUAGCAGCGCAAGACAAGAAAACACAGGUCUGGUCCGGGAACAUGGAGGAGUUCGAGUAUUCUCUGGAGAACGAACAGCAGUUCUGGGAUGAGAUCGAAGACAUUGUAUCCGCGAAAUGCGAAUCCCAUCAGUUGAUUGACAACGCACUGCGAUCCUUCCUCCACUUUACUGCCAAAUUCAAGGACGAGUAUCUCAAUUCCGACUAUGGCUUCACGCGCUGUCUACAGAAGCUCUUGCAGAGCCAGCUCUUCCAGGCCAACAAGGAGUACGUGCGCAUUCAGAUCGUGUACAGCCUGCUGCAAGAGGACCGGCCGGAGACGCUGCAUGUUAUUACGAGUAUCUUGCUCUUUGAUGGGAGGCAGGGCCAAGACACGUUUGAGAUGAUGAAUACCGAGGGGUGCUUUGCGCGGCUGCUCGAGUUGAUCAAGCUGGGAAAGAGGGAUGAUUCGAGGCUACAUCGAUUGCUGCUUGAGCUGCUGUAUGAGAUGUCCAGAUGCCAGCCUCUCAACCCACAAGAACUGGCGCUGGUCGACGACGACUUUGUCACGAUGCUGUUACAGAUUAUCGAGGAAUUGUCAGAUGAUGUGGAUGAUCCGUACCACUAUCCGGUCAUUCGAGUACUGCUGGUGCUCAAUGAGCAAUGGAUGGUAGCCUCAACCCAAACCCCCUCCACCGGCUCCUCUCCGCCUCCGACAAACCGCGUAAUCAAGAUCCUAUCUAAGCACGGGCUCUCAUACAUGACCUUCGGCGAAAACAUCAUACUGCUCCUCAACCGUGAAACCGAGACCUCCCUGCAGCUCCUCAUCCUCAAGCUCCUCUACCUCCUCUUCACCACCAAAGCAACCUACGAGUAUUUCUAUACCAAUGACCUGCGCGUCCUACUCGACGUUAUAAUCCGUAACCUGCUCGACCUCCCUAACGAGUUGGUCUCUCUACGGCAUACCUACCUGCGGGUUAUGCACCCUCUACUGGCUCAUACGCAGCUCAACCAACCACCACACUACAAGCAUGACGAAAUUCUGAAAGUACUGGAGAUAUUAGGCCACUCUUCGAACGCGCACUGGGAACCCGCAGACGAGACAACAGUCCGCCUCGUUGACCGGGUAGCUAAAGUCUCGUGGCUACGGCAAGACGACACUGUAAGCCAAUCCGAAGUCGCACGCAAACUCCUCGGAAUCUCCCUCUCUUCGACCUUGUCAGGGAGUACAAUCAGCGUAGUAGACGUGGCAGCUGUGAUGGAGAAGCCUGGCGUGCAAACACCGAGCCGGAAACUGGAUCUCGAAGACGGGCCACACAGCGAAGACCUGAAAAACGGGCAAGAUGGUCAGGACGAAAGAAUAGAAUCGGUGAAGCCAAGCGAAAAGACAACGCCCACCAGACGACAUCCCCCGCCCCCGGUCCACAAAAAUGCCGCCAAAGGCGCCACCGAGACGGAGAACGAGGUUAAGGGGGUCAGACUCGUCACUAAAGCUGGACCACAAACCGCAGGAAUGAGUUUUUAG